UAUAUGAAAUAUCCUUGGAAAUCUUUAGGUUGGACUGAAUAACAUCCAGAAGACAGAUUUCGUGAAUGUCAUAAUUCAGUCUGUAAUGAGGGUCACCCCCUUAAGAAAUAUUUUCAUAAUCCCUGAAAACUAUCAACAGUCCAGAUCUCCACUUGUCCAUCGAUUUGGUGAACUCACACGAAAGAUUUGGCAUGCUCGAAAUUUUAAAGGACAGGUGAGUCCGCAUGAGUUUCUGCAGGCAGUCAUGAAGGCCAGUAAAAAGCGUUUUCGAAUAGGUGCACAGUCUGACCCAGUCGAAUUUAUGUCAUGGCUUCUUAACACAUUACACGCGGAUCUUAGAACUUCAAAGAAGAACAGCAUAAUCUACCAGUGUUUUCAGGGUGAAUUAGAGGUUGUGAAGGAGUAUCAGAGGACAGCUAUCACUGAGAAGAAAGAGAAUGUUGAUGAUCAGAAUGGAGUUAAUGGAGCUGAACAUAAUAAUGUUGCAAUGGAAACUUCCAGAAUGCCAUUCUUGAUGCUUGGUUUGGAUUUGCCACCACCACCGCUUUUCAAAGAUGUGAUGGAGAAAAAUAUUAUACCCCAGGUAUGAGUUUACUUUUUUCUUUUGAUUAGCUGAAUUUAAAAGAGCUAUCCUCUGUCUUCUUUUUUGAUUGCCUCUGACUUGUGUUUGGAUGCCUGUAUUUUUAAUAGUGUAAACUUUUGAUAUGUAUUUAUAUAAUUUAAGGGAAUGAGAAUGUAAAAGUAAAUAGGGACUGAGGAGCGCAACCCAUUUAGAAAUGCUCUACAACUCUCUCAAAGAGAUCAACAAGACCAACCCUGUUUUGGAGGCCCUUAGAUAAAAUAAAAGGUCUUGGGCCAAUGAUCCUGAAUGAAGCAAAGGAGGAUACAAUAUUUUCAAAAGCUUUAUCUUUUUCCUCUCUUCCCCGGUAAACUAAAGGAUAGACAUGGAUAAAGGCAGGAAAUUCUUCUUGGACUUAUUAGUUGGAAUACCAGUCUAAGCCCACAAUUCGUCCUUGACAAAGCCACUAACAACCCAGCAGAAAUUAAGAUUAAGAUUUGAAUUUCAUAAUCUUCUAUGUUUGAGAACAAGAAAGAAGAUAAUUUGGGGAUUUAUUCUCUUGGUUGCACAAUAAGCUUCUAUGACCAGAAUUAUGCCCCUUUCCUUAAGGUUUUUGAUGGUUAAGAUGCUUUCUUAAGCUGCCUCCCAAUCCGAAAAAAGAAAAAAGCAAUUCUCAAGCAGAUUUCAGCUUCCAUACUUCCAAAGAAAGUGGUUCAAACUAGAUUAGGAACCAACAAGUGGUUGUAGAAGGAUCUAAUAUGGAGCUUUCCAUCUUUAGACAGCUUGCAUAGCAGGUCGCCAUGAGUGUUUAGCUGGAUUGGAGUGUGCUCCACCAUAUUAAGAAGAAUGGCCCAAUAACUGAUCUCCCAAUCAUUGAGGUUUGAAUUUGUAGCCAUUGUACAUAUCAAAACUAUCCCUAAACGUCGCGGCCUUAUGACGGGCAAUGGGGAAAAGAGAAAGAAGUCCUCUUUUGAAGGUUUACCACCAUAUUAAUGAUCAUUCAGAAAGCUUAUCUAACUUCCACUCGCUACUUUAAAUCUCUUAAAAAGUAUCAUAAUCAGCCUGUGUUUUCAGGCUUAAAUGGUUAUGCAUCAUUCUUCUCCUCUUGCAAAUAACUUGACUCGACAAGUUAUAAUACAAAUAAAGAGCUUGGGAUUCAAGGUGCUUGCAAUAUGGCUUCGUCAAUCCAUACAACAGUAUACUUGGGGCAACCUUUCCACUAAACAGGGUACUCAUGGAAACUGGCGUUUGGAGGUCAU